AUUGGAUAACUCGACACACUGGGCGGUUCUUUUGGCCAGCUGAUGUAGUUUAUGAGCUAUUAUAAAUAUAUCUCCACUGAUUCACUUGAUCCUAAAAAGCACUUUAUCUUGUUGAAGUCUUUUGUAGCGUCUAUCGCCGAGAUGAAAAGACGUUUGUUUUGCAGAUCGCGGGUAUCUUUCCGGCGCUCGUGGGUUGGCUCAUAGCAGACUGAUUUCUGGCUGCUAGCCCUCAAUCCUCGGCCCCUUAUACAGCGAGAAAGCCCUGAAAUUUGUGCACCUGCUCUGAAGAUUUACGCAAGCUGAAUUGUUCUAAUGUUCACCAUGGUUAACUUUCCAUAAUCCCCCCAACUCCGAGAACUGUCGUUUUUGGCAGUCGGUUAUUACGAAAGAGGAGCAGAAAAGAUGCCAGCAUAUCGGUUAACUCUGUGUUUGACAAGUAAAACUCCCCGCCGUGCCGUCUCCACACCAACCCCCUCCACCCGUCUCCACGCUGAUCCUCGAGGGCGUCACAUACUACUAUGUGCUAUUUACAUCAAAGAUGAAACAGUUUAAGUUGUUUGUGUUGAGUGUGUUGCUGGCAGUGCCGUGUCUGAGUACGGUCUGUUCGGCGUGUGAAGUCGUCCGGAUCCCGAUGUGCAAGCGUAUGCCUUACAACAUGACCAGGAUGCCCAAUUUGCUACAUCACAGCACUCAGGAAAACGCAAUCCUGGCUAUUGAACAGUUCGAGGAAUUGGUAGAUCAAAACUGUAGCGAUGUUCUGUUGUUUUUUCUUUGUGCCAUGUACGCACCGAUUUGUACAUACGAAUUUCUGUCGGACGCCAUCCCGCCGUGUAAAGGUGUGUGUGAAAACGCACGUGUUGGUUGUGAACCGAUUAUGAACGAAUACAACGUUUCCUGGCCCGAAGGGUUAGACUGCAAAGACCUGCCCCUCUACGACAGGGGGGUUUGUGUGUCGCCAGAAGCCAUCGUAUCCACCCUGCCUGACGAGAAUGGAGGGAAAGGAUUAACACCAGGCAAGUCGCCCGGGAAUCAGGACGAAUGGACGAACCGUGGACGAAGCCCUGAUUGUAAGUGUCCAAAGCAGGCUCGUCCAAACAGAAACCUCUACAGAAAAAAUGGUUAUAAUUUUGCAAUGCAGGCUAAGCCAAUCCACAGUUUGCGAACCGGAAAUAGGGCAGUAACCAGAGUUCAGGUUCUAUCCGCACCUGUGGUCGGAAAAGUACCCAUCAAAAUCGGAAGUAGUGUGGAAUUAUGGUCCAACUUUACCUGUAUUUGUCCAGAACUGGUUCUGAACAAAGAAUACUUAAUUCUUGGCUUCGAGGAUGGGGAUCAAGCUAAGUUGCUGUAUCUGGAAAACUCCAUUGCUGUUCCGUGGAGGAAAAAGUGGGAAUCUCGAGUGAAGAAGUGGGCGAAGCGAAGGAAAGGUCGACGCAGCCGGAAGGGCAGACGUAACGGCCGGAAGCGUGGAGGAAAGCGAUCGAGGCGGCGAGGCAGAAAGACUGACAAGAAAAUCGAUGACGGGAAAUCUGGCAAGGGGAAAAACAGAAAAAGUCGACGGCAAUCUGGGCGGUCUUCCCGACGUAAAAAACCGCGGAGGGUCUGCCACGCCGCCUGCAUCUUCUGGAUAAACUGGGUCAUCGGUGUUUGCAUGGUAUCGCGUAUUAUCUCCCUUUGAAGGCGAACAGUGCAGUCCAGUGAACACUUUUUCCUGUAACAUGCCGGUGAUGGAUGCCCUUAUGGAUGGCAACAGUCGCUAUGGGACAUGCAUGUAAGAAGUAAGAUCUAUCACAGAUACUGCUUUGGACGUUGUACAUUUGCAUUCAGAAAAGCCUUUUGUAGUUACUGGCCUAAUGAUUUUACUUUGUUGCUUUUGAGAACAGUUAGCAGUCUCUCCAUUGAUAUAUGUCGCUAUAGGCACUACUCUAUCGGUGACAAUAUACAAUUGGUUAUAAAGACAGUUACCUGCCACCAACCAUUGGAUGUUCAUAAAAUUUAUAAAUUUGGCAAAGGUGAUGCAGUUAUCAUUUAAGCAACGCGAGGAGAGUUUGUCUAAUUUCGGUGGGAGCAGAAAAGUCUGAGAGUUUUAGUCAUGGUUUUGGAUUUGAUAGUCGGUAGAGAAGCAUAUGGAUGAACAAACACCGACCCGGUUUGAAGCAGUACUGGUCAUGCAAUGCAGGAUUGUGCCAGGCAAAUCUUGCUGGAAUAAAACAGUGCUGAGCCAAGUGAUGUUUGGCCGAUUAUGGGUACAAAUGCAAAACUGAAUGUUGUGAGAGUAUAAUACUGGUGUAUCGUUUGGAGAGUAUAAUACUGGACCGGGCCAGGCAAUGCUGAAGGGUGUAAGAGUAUUGCUGGACUUUGUGAAGCUUGCGGAAUGUUUGGAGAGUAUAAUGCUGGACUGAACAAAGCAAAGCUGAACGUUGUGAGAGUAAUGCUGGACUGGGUAAGGCAAAGCUGAAUGUUGUAAGAGUAAUGCUGGGCCGGGUAAUGCAGAGUUGAACGUUGGAAGAGUAAUGAUGGGCCGGGUAAUGCAGAGUUGAACGUUGGAAGAGUAAUGCUGGGCCGGGUAAUGCAGAGUUGAACGUUGGAAGAGUAAUACUGGGCCGGGUAAUGCAGAGUUGAACGUUGGAAGAGUAAUGCUGGACCGGGUAAUGCAGAGUUGAACGUUGGAAGAGUAAUGCUGGGCCAGGUAAUGCAGAGUUGAACGUUGGAAGAGUAAUGCUGGGCCGGAUAAUGCAGAGUUGAACGUUGGAAGAGUAAUACUGGGCCGGGUAAUGCAGAGUUGAACGUUGGAAGAGUAAUACUGGGCCGGGUAAUGCAGAGUUGAACGUUGGAAGAGUAAUGCUGGACCGGGUAAUGCAGAGUUGAACAUUGGAAGAGUAAUGCUGGGCCAGGUAAUGCAGAGUUGAACGUUGGAAGAGUAAUGCUGGGCCGGGUAAUGCAGAGUUGAACGUUGGAAGAGUAAUGCUGGACCGGGUAAUGCAGAGUUGAACGUUGGAAGAGUAAUGCUGGGCCAGGUAAUGCAGAGUUGAACGUUGGAAGAGUAAUGCUGAACUGCGUAAGGAAUAGCUGGACCUUGGACAGGUAAAUCGUAGCCUAACAUUACGAGAAAACGAAAGCUAAUGCUGAAUUUACAUUGUGAAAAUAAUGCUUAAGCAGCUAUACUGCAUUGUUGAACGUUGUGAGAAUAAUGCACCAAGUACGACAAAGCUGAUUCACGGAGACUUAAUAACUGCAGUCUCUUACCAUAGUAGCCAAUGAGGUGAUGUCUUUGUAUUAUAAUAACAGACACAAUGUAUAUCUGUCCUGGACUGUUUUCAAGAAUGACAUUUUGAUCAUGGAGAGUGAAACCUGACACCAUGCCAAUAAAGGUAAAUUUAAUUCUAACGUUUGAUAACAUACAUGUGUGAUGAUGAUUAAAUAAUGAGUGAGGAUGUUUAUAUUUUCAUGAGAAAGACAUAUAUAGAAAUGAGGAUCUUCUGUCGGUGUAAAUAGUUCGCCUACCAGGUUGACGUGUCUUGGUGACGUUAGACUGGAAUGUGCUUUGUACUUACUAUACACUAUAUAAUAACCAGUCAUAUCUUAAAAUAUCUAAAAUGUUGUUAUAGGAUAAUGAAUAAAUCCUGAAUAAUCAAAGAAAGAUAUAUUAAAA